UGGAUUUCCAUUUUGUCUUGUUCUAUGACAUUUUCCUAUGUCAAAUCCAUGCCUAGUCUUGUCUCCUUUCCUUCCCCCCACUUGCUUUUCUCUUUGUGUUACAUUUGUGACUGUGCUUUUUGCAGUACAUGUUGGAUGCUGCUAGGAAGCUGCAACCCAAUUUGUAUGUAGUAGCUGAACUGUUCACAGGAAGUGAAGACCUGGACAAUAUCUUUGUUACUAGACUGGGCAUUAGUUCCCUAAUAAGAGAGGCAAUGAGUGCAUAUAAUAGCCAUGAAGAGGGCAGAUUGGUUUAUAGAUAUGGAGGAGAACCUGUUGGAUCCUUUGUUCAGCCCUGUUUGAGGCCGUUAAUGCCGGCCAUUGCACAUGCCCUGUUUAUGGAUAUUACCCACGAUAAUGAGUGUCCUAUUGUGCAUAGGUCAGAAUAUGAUGCUCUCCCAAGUACCACGAUUGUUUCUAUGGCAUGUUGUGCUAGUGGAAGUACUAAAGGCUAUGAUGAAUUAGUGCCUCAUCAGAUUUCAGUGGUUUCUGAAGAACGGUUUUAUACUAAGUGGAAUCCUGGAGCAUCUCCAUCAAAUACAGGUGAAGUUAAUUUCCAAAGUGGAAUUAUUGCAGCCAGAUGUGCUAUCAAUAAACUUCAUCAAGAACUUGGGGCCAAGGGUUUCAUUCAGGUGUAUGUGGAUCAGGUUGAUGAAGACAUAGUGGCAGUAACAAGACAUUCACCCAGCAUUCAUCAGUCUGUUGUGUCUGUGUCUAGAACUGCUUUCAGGAAUCCUAAGACUUCAUUUUACAGCAAGGAAGUGCCUCAAAUGUGCAUCCCUGGUAAUGCAACUUAAAAAUGUUAUUGUGGUUAUAACACAGUGCAAGUGUGGCUGUAGUUGAGAAAAAGAAUUCGAAAUUUUGCACUACUUGGGGCACAUGGCUGACUCAGUUGGUAGAGCAUGCGACUCUUGAUCUCAGAGUUAUGAGUUCAAGC